CAAAGCAAAAUUCAAAUUCACCGUGCAUACCACUAUAUAUACCACUGCCACUCACAUGACCGCGCUGGUUAGCUCUCUGAUGCUCCGGCUGUGGGGCAGCGAGCUGGACAUGGGCUACCUGGUGAUGCUCCGCGACCUGGGGCCGCUGGCCUACUUCGAGGGCCUGCUGACGCUGUACGGAAACGAGGCGGACAUGUGGAGCAACAUGUGUAUCGCCAUAGAAGACCUGUCCGCCGUCAGUUUCCAGUUGGUGCGAGCACAGGGCGAGGCAACGCUGGCGCCGACGCCCCGGAUUACAGGAUCGCGGCAGGCGUUGGAGGUGCUGCCCGGAAAUGGCACCUCCAUCUCCUCCAAAAUCACGCAGGUCUUUUUUAACAUCGGCAUCAAUGAGAAGGCCAGCUUUGCAGAGACGCUGGGUCAAACGCGGGAGCAGCACCGCUCCAACUGGGACAACUAUCUCCGCCUGAGCCAGUACUUCGGGCGCUACCGGAAGCUGGGCCUCGGCUCCGUCGACGCCGGCGAGUCGCUGCAGUCGUUCCUCGGCUUCAUGGAGCAGCAGCUGCGGGCGAACGUCUCCAAGAACGUCAAGAUACUCCAUCUGGCCAAGGACGCCUGCCGGCUGAUGGACGGGCUGCGGUUCACCUCCUGCAAGAGCGCCAAGGAUCGCACCGGCAUGGCGGUGACCCUGGAGCAGUGUCGAGUCCUGGUCCGCGAGUUCCAGCUGCCCGCCAAGCACCUGCCCUACGCGCUCAGUACGAUGCGAAGUGAGGGAGCAAUUGUCCAUUCCAAGGGAAUGGACAACGUACUCAAGAAUAUUGGGAAGCGGAAGUAUGAAAAAUAA